UCGGCUCGGAUACAGGUGCAAAACAAUCAUACCCAUGCACUUCUCUGUUAUAGAAAACGAUUAGUUUUAACUAUAAUAAUAAUGAAAUGUAUCUGUUCUCGUCUCGAGUCUGUUCUAUAGCGAUCAUGUAUAUAAAGAGAUAGUUGGCGAUGAUUGAUUUGUUAUUCGCGUUUAUGCGUGAAACAAAUUAUAUGGAUCAGUUCACAGAUUCGAUUGUUCCAAGGUCUUUCUAUGGCUAGUAGCACUUAAAACAAUUUUUUUUUUCACUUUUUUACAAAGUUUGGAGACUAACAAAAAUUCGUUAAUGUUUCGUUUUAGCACCAACUAGACAUCGAAUCAUUGUAUUCUUACGUUAUGAAACUAAGGAAUGAAAAUACGAUUACAAAUGUGAUUUAAUGUCUAUAGAAAAAGGUGUUGACUAAAAGUAUUCUUAUCAUUCGAUAGGAUAAAAUCUAUGAAUUAACCAUCAUUUGUGAUUGAUUCUGUGAACAGUCAGAUACUGUCUUCUAUAAAAUUCAGUUUAUUUCAAACACUUGAUGCAAAUUUCAUGUUUUCAGUGGUAUUCUUUCAUGAAGAAAUCAUCCUUUCGAGCGAUUAGUUUUCUGUUUGUCUUCAUUUUGUAAUAUAUUUAAUUAUUUUUAAUUGUUAUUCAAUCAAUACUCAAGUAUUCUUAUUUGAAUAUGCAUUUGAAAUUUGAAAUCAAAAUAAUGAUAGUUAAGGAAGUUUGCGUAAGAAUAAUACCGUGUUUGAGGCUUUAUGUCGUAUCAUACAAAUAUAUUUAAUUACCAAAUACUGCUUUUGUAUAUCUGCCAUGAUGAAAGCAAACAUUAAAUGUUAAAUAAACACCUUACUUAUCAAUCUUAACAGCCAUGCGUUCUAACAGACUAAUUUUAUAUAAUAUAUUCUCUUCACAUCGUUAACAUGUUACCUUAAAACACUUGUUUAAACAAAUCAUUUCAAUUGAUAUAUGAUUCGAUUUGUUUCUUCAUUCGUGUUGAAUCUUCACCUUUUAUGAAAAAAAAUUCAAAAUAAAUGCCUGAGAAGACCAAUGGCGAAAAUUUUCGAUGAAAUACUUUCGAUCAGAAAACAAGUGUCAAAUGUGCCAUUCACACCAUCUGAUCUAUAAAUUUUUUUGUCUAGAGCGAUUGUAAUGAUUUUGUGUCAAAAUGUCAUAUACAUAAUAUCAAGUUUGAGUUUUGAGAGAACAAACCAGUUCGAAUGACAACUAAAUAUAGUACAAUUGUACUAUAUUUAGUUGUUUUGACUUUGCACAUUAAUGUGCAAAGUCAAAACUUAUCUCGAAUGUCUAUGCCUUUUCGAUCUAAAACUAAUGCUAUAAUAGAAUUUUCUUCUAAGGACUAUUGCCGAAAAAUAUCAACAUGGUUUUUCGAGUAACUGAUUUUUAAAGUCACGAUUUACAAAAUAUAGAUACUUUAUCGUAGUACUAUACUCUAAAUACUUGUGAGAAAAAGAAUAUUGUUUUCAGGCGUGCCAAAAGAGCAGUUGUCCAACACAGAAUUGACUACAAUUUGGAAUGAAAUUCUAUUUUGAAGUGUUUUCAAAUAUUUCUAAUAUGAGUAAAACAUUAUCAUUGUUCUAAUUUUAUUCCACCAAAUAUUUCGAAAGCUAUUUCAAAAUUAAUCGAAAGUCUUACUAACCGUUUGAUUACCUUAAAGCAUGUUUCAAUUGACUGAAUUAAAUUUUAAAUUUGAUUUACACUACAUCUGACGCGAUUAAAAAGUGACUCUGUUCAAAAGAGGUUAUAUUGUUAGUAUUCAUCUAUGUGAUUUGUCUUAGCUAUUAUAGACGUUCAAAAACUUUUCAAAAGCUUCAGUAAGCUUAGAAAGAAGACUUAGAGGUUGAUAAACGUUCGAAUCAGUUUUUGAUUUGUCUAAUCUGUAUAACUUUGGUAUUACUGGAACUUCUAGAAAUUACAAAAAGCAUCUGAUGUCCACACUGUCCCGGAAAAGCAUACUUUUAGAAAAAGCACACUUAAAUUGUGUCAAUGGCAUGGAAAAAGUGUGCCAAAGUAUGCUUUUUAUGUGCUGCUAGCAUGCUUUUACCGUGCCAUUGACACAUUUCUAGUGUGCUUUCGGUACACUGCGGCAGCAUUUUUGGACGCUUUUUGUAUGCUACUUCUAAAAGUGUAUCAUCGGCACACUUCAAGUGCGUCAUGCAUUUUUGGACGCUUUUUGUAUGCUACUUCGAAAAGUGUAUCAUCGGCACACUUCAAGUGCGUCAUCGGCACACUUUAAGUGCGUCAUCGGCAUACUUUAAGUGCGUCAUCGGCACACUUUAAGUGCGCUAAUGACGCACUUGAAGUGUGCCGAUGAUACACUUUUCGAAGUAGCAUACAAAAAGCGUCCAAAAAUGCUGCCGCAGUGUACCGAAAGCACACUAGAAAUGUGUCAGUGGCACGGUAAAAGCAUGCUAGCAGCACAUAAAAGCAUACUUUGGCACACUUUUUCCAUGCCAUUGGCGCAAUUUAAGUGUGCUUUUUCUAAAAGUAUGCUUUUCCGGGACAGUGCAGAGAGGAUUGAAAAUGGUAGAAAGAAGUUGAAAAUGGUACAAAGUCAAGAUUUUGAGAAAUGCCCACCUUUUGUGAAAAAUAUCACUUGACUCUGUGUCUCCCUGUAGGACAGUUCAACUUAUUCUUGGUCUGUUGACGGCGACGGAUACAUGUUUCUGCUGCCAUCUACGCAAAAAAAGAAGUUUUAACCAAUAAAAAGAAAAAGGCAAUAAAAAGUCACUUAGUGUACACUUAUGGAAAAGCGUCGACUAAUAAGCGAUAAGCACAUCCUAUUGUUUUUUUAUACUUUUAUCUGUAUACCCUUCGUUACGUUCAAGAUGCUUUAGGGCUGAUAUUUAGGCCUCAAUCGCUCAAUUAACGUAAACUCACGUUAAAUACUAGUGGCUUACGCCUAACACUUAGUCUUAGCGCAUCCUGACCGGUUCUGAUGAAGAUUUUGUGCGCAUCGUUUCUUUCUACAACUUGGUGCGAAAAUGCUUGGAAAAAUUCCUUCGAAUAUAAAAUCAAAGGCGAACUUUUACUCACACAUGUCCGCUGUAUGCAUGCAAGUGUGCCUUGACUCCAAUGAUUAUAAACUUAAUCAUAGAAUUAAGACUUAAGACAACGAGAUAGUCACCUUAAGUCAAUGUUUUAUCGAGAGUUGGCCGAAGUAGGCGAACUUAAAGAUUAUUGAUAAAACAGAUAAAAAAAGGGUGUGUUGCUUACCAUUCUUUGUAUAGAAGAUGAACUGGAGUAAUUAUAUUUGAACUAAAUAUCCUCCGCUGAGUUUUAGAUGAAAUCUAUAUUGUUCAUCGUGUUGAUAUAUAUCUGUGUUGUUAGUGGGAAAGAAGUAAGUUGUUUCUAUUAUUUUUCAGAGAAGUUAGUGCCGAUAGAAAAAUGACUUAUAGUGAUGACCACAGUGUGAAAUACUUUUUUCAAUAUAUAAAGUGUAGAAUUCAGGUUGAGCGAGCUCAUAAUAUUCUAUUCAGUCUUUCUUUAGAUUGAGGACACUUACCGAUGUGAAGUCAAAGAACUGUCGCGAUCAGUCAGACUUUGGGAGGGUGCUCCGUUGACACAAGAAUUUUUUCCUUCAGAGAAUGAAAGAAAAAACCUUUUUCUGUUGACGAGGGAACCCUUCGAGGUGAUAAAGCGCUUUUUGCUCGGUUUUCUAGAAAACCAGUUUUUCAGAACCUCUAAAGUAUAAUUAGAACCUUGCUUAAUUAGGCAUGGUUGUAGCCCGCAAAGUUCUGAUUAAAAUGAGACGUCUCCCAGCUUUAUACGACCUUUCUUUGCAAAGUUAUAGAAUUUACAACAAAAGCCCUAGAUGUUCAUUACCAGCUCAAAGCUACAGAAAUAAGAAGGAAAAAAUUAAUUUAGGGUUUUUCUUGUAAAUUCUAUAACUUUGCAAAGAAAGGUCGUGUAGAGCUGGGAGAUGUCUCAUUUUAAUCAGGAAUUUCCGGGCUACAAUCAUGCCUAAUUAAGAAAGGUUCUGGUUAUAUUUUAGGUAUGCAUUGAAAACGUCGAAAGAAAAAAUGUCGAAGGAAAACCUGUCGAAAAAAAAAUAUCGAAAAAUAAAUGCCAAAGUAUUUUUGGUCGAAAAAAUGUCGAUCACAUAAAACGUCGAAAAUUUUAAGAUGUAAGAAAAUGUAUGUACAGUUUCUUACAUUUUACAUUGUUUCUCAGCUGACCAGAAGAGACAAGAGUGUUUGAGGGUGAGGGUGAGGGUGAGAUUUUCUUACAUCUUAAAAUUUUCGACUUUUUAUGUGAGCGACAUUUUUCUUCGACCAAAAAUGCUUCGGCAUUUAUUUUUUCGAUGUUUUUUCCUUCGAUAUUUAUUUUUCGACGUUUUCAUAUCCAUUCAUAUUUUAGAGUGUCUGAAAAACUGGUUUUCUACAAAAUCGGGUCUUCGAAGGGCUAAGGGCCACUCCCAUGGUCAUAUUCGUAAUCAGCAUGAUCGAUAACCUAUAACCCACUAGAUUCCGAAUAAAAAGCGUUUUAUCACCUCAAGAGGUUCCCUCGUGAGAAAAAUCGAGGAUUUUUAAUCGAAGGAUAACGACAGCCCUGUGAGGUCAUCAUUAACUCCAAGUCAUUUUUACUUCUCGGCGUCCCGCAUUUAUCAAAUCGCUAACAUCUGCUCUUCAAUUUUCUUCUUUUCCUCUAUAGGAUAUUCUGUCAGAAAAAAUCGAACAACUAACAGAAUGGUCGUUAAAAAAACCUGUUAUUCGUUUAAAUAAUGAACGUUUCAAACAUUAUGUAAAAACUCCACCACGUAAUUAUUCCAUGAUCAUUAUGUUGACGGCUCUAUCGCCACAACGACAAUGUGCAAUAUGCAAACAAGCACACGAUGAAUUUCAGAUAGUAGCCCAAUCGUGGCGUUAUUCAAGUGCAUUUUCAAACAAAAUAUUUUUUGCUAUGGUGGAUUUUGAUGAGGGUAGUGAAGUUUUUCAAUAUGUACUUGGCCAUUCUGGUAUGAUAUUGUUGAAUGAAGCACCAAAAAUAACUGGACCAAAUGGAAAACGAAAAGGUUUAGUAAAUGUACAAUAA